AUGCCAGAGAACCAGAGAGAUCUAAGCUACCUCACAAGUCUACCAGGAGCAACCGAAAGGCUCAAAAUUUUCAACGCGGAUCUCAGCAAACCCGACAGUUUCAAUGCAGCCGUCGAAGGGUGCAUCGGAGUGUUCCAUGUUGCCACUCCAGUCGAUUUCCAAGACAAGGAACCUGAAGAAGUAGUGACCAAAAGAUCAAUUGAUGGAGCCCUCGGCAUUCUGAAGGCGUGCUUAAACGCAAAAACAGUGAAACGAGUUGUGUACACUUCUAGUGCAGCCGCUGUCAUGUUUGGCAGCAGCAAGGAUGUUGAGGAAGUGGAUGAAAGUUUUUGGAGCGAUAUAGAUUACAUUAGACCUAUAAAGCGAUAUGGACCAUACAUGAUUUCGAAGACAUUAACUGAGAAGCCAGUUCUUGAAUUUUCAGAGAAAUAUGGGUUGGAUGCUGUGACAGUAAUACCUUCUUUUGUGGUUGGCCACUUCAUUUGUCCUAAGCUUCCCGGCUCCAUUCACGGUACACUGACUCUGGUCUUUGGUAACCUUGAUGAGCUUAGCUUUCUUGGUCAGCCAUUAAUCAAGAAAUGAUGAAAUUUAGAGAGAGAAAGAGAAAGAUCGAAGAGAGAGAAAUGAGUGGUUUUUGUAAAUUGUAAGACUUUUGCUUAACUAAGAGUUAUUACACCACAACUACUAUUUAUAGUAAAGCCGUACAUCAUUACAGCUUCACCAACAAUCGUAACUAACUGCUCUUACAUUGAGUUGACAAAAGGCACAUUAUCUACCAUUGAUUAUACUCUAACAUGGUGCAUGUGACAUGUCGAUGAUAUUGCCAGAGCGCACAUUUUCUUUUUCGAACAUCAUGAUGCAAAAGGGAGGUGCAAUUGCUCAUCACAUGUCAUAACCCUUGUUCAAACGGCUGAGUUUCUUUCUGCCAAAUACCCGGAGUUUCAAAUACCCUCAGUAAGGUAUUUAAGGGAGCUUAAGGGUGAGAAAACACCUGGUAUGUCGUCGAAGAAGCUCUUGGAUUCAGGUUUCACAUUCAAGUAUGGGGUUGAUGAAACGCUCAUCGGUGCAAUUCAAUGCUGCAAAGAAAAGCAUUAUUUAUAGUUCCGUUUACGGAUUAUAAUUAAGGCUCAUAUAUGAUUAUAUGCACAUUUCGUUCCAUACCAGAACAUCACAUUGUUUGAUGGGAAAGGAACUUGUACAAACAAUGUACAUUGUAUGUGUGUUGUAAGAAUAAAAUGCAUGCCCAUAUUUACCGGCAUAUGU